AUGGCUCUUUCUUUCACUAGAUUAUCGUGGGGGUGGUUGGCCGGUAAAGAGAAAGAGCAGGUCUCGAAUGGGCCAUCAUUGAAUUCGAUAAAUUCUUUGUCUGAUUGGGGGUUAGGAUUUAGAGGAGAGCCCGAAGCAUUGAAGUUUCACACGGCGAAGGGGAGUAAUAGUAGAAUGCCCCCUUCAAGUUCGAAUAGAAAAGCAAAAGGGAAAUGGAAGAGUAGGGAGGAGAGGAAGAGGAGGAUUGACAAGGAGUAUGAUUUGGUGGUGGUGCCAUCAGAUGGUGUUUCUUUUUCGGGGUCAGAAUCUGAUGACUCGGACUGGUCCAUCGGGUGGCUAGAGCCACAUGCUCCCGAUUUCCAGAGUGAUGAUGAGGCAGAUGACAGUUUUGCUGUGUUAGUCCCUUGCUAUAGACUUGAUUGCAAAGAAAUAGAGGGCGAGGAGGAGGAGGAGGGGACGGCUAAUGAGUUCCUGAGUGCAAUUAGAAACCUUCCAAAUCAGUACUCUGCUGAAGGAAAGAAGUACAUGGAGCAGUGGCUUUCCUCUUUCAACAAUUAUUGA